AUGUGGGUGAAGGUGGAGAGCCUGCAAAGAAAGGUGGAGGUGGAUUAUGUAAUCUGGCAGCGACCCCCGCGGGACGAUGACAAAAACUCUGUGGAUAUCCAUGACAACCCCCCAGCUCCUGACAAUGUAGUGAGGGAGGACGGAGACACUGUCUAUUUCAUAUAUGAGGAGGAAGUGGAGGUGGAGGAGAAGGAACCAGAACCUCCUUCAGAUCCUGUCAUCCGGGUCAAUGACAAACCCCACAAAUUCAAGGACCACUACUGCAAGAAGCCCAAGUUUUGUGACGUCUGCGCUCGCAUGAUAGUCUUGAACAACAAAUUUUGCCUGAGAUGCAAAAACUGUAAGACCAACAUCCACCACUCUUGUCAGUCGUAUGUUGAGUUUCAGAGGUGUUUUGGCAAAAUUCCGCCUGGAUUCAGAAGGGCCUACAGCUCCCCCCUGUACAGUAGUGACCAACCAGACCCAAACAACCCAAACCGGAACGACCCAGUUUUUGACACCCUGCGGGUUGGCGUCAUCAUGGCAAAUAAGGAGCGUAAGAAGAAUGAAAAUGAUAAGAAAAAUAUGAUGAUGAUGAUGGAAGAGGAGGAAGAGGAGAACCAACAGCCCAAAGAGAAUGAUGAGGGAGGAGAAGGGAAGCCUGAUGAUAAAAAAGAGAAAGGAGGAGACAAAGCAGAUGAUAAGACUAAAGGCACUUUCUCCCAGUCCCACUAUUACCUGGCUCUCUACCGCUUCAAGGCCAUUGAGAAAGAUGACCUUGACUUUCACCCUGGUGAUCGGAUCACAGUGUUGGAUGACUCCAAUGAAGAGUGGUGGAGAGGAAAGAUGGGAGAGAAGUCCGGCUACUUCCCUGCCAACUACCUCAUAAAAGUCCGAGCAUCAGAAAGAGUUUUCAAGGUGACCCGCUCCUUUGUGGGGAACAGAGAGAUGGGACAAAUUACACUCAAGAAAGACCAGAUUGUGGUGAAGAAAGGAGAUGAGAAAGGCGGCUACUUGAAGGUCAGCACUGGACGCAAGCUGGGCUACUUCCCUGCUGAUCUGCUGCAGGAGAUCACUGUGACUUAA